UACUAUAUGUUUCCCUGAUGCAGGUUGCUUGAAGCACCAUCAAAACAUUCAAGGUAUAAAAGUUGUAUACCAAAUAAAAUGAGUACGGAGAAAAACGAUUUGCUAACGUUGGUACUACUGAAUUAAUCAUGACGUCAUAUCCGGAUCAGUUCAACGAUUCAAUAGUGAGGGUAGUUGAUGAGUUCCCACUGCUGAUGCCGCGCUGGGGUUACGUGAUGUCCGCUUUUGUGCUGUUCCUGAUUGGAUUCUUCGGAUUUUUCUUGAAUCUCCUCGUCAUCAUCUUAAUGUAUAAAGACAAACAGCUGUGGACACCAUUGAAUAUCAUACUAUUUAAUUUGGUAUGUUCCGACUUCUCAGUAUCUGUGUUGGGUAAUCCAUUAACCUUGAUUUCGGCAUUGUCCCACCGGUGGAUAUUUGGACGGACUAUGUGCGUGCUGUAUGGAUUUUUCAUGGCUCUGUUAGGAAUAACCUCAAUAACAACAUUGAUGGUGAUAUCAUUCGAACGAUACAUAAUGGUGACCAGACCGCUUCGGUCACGACGUCUCAGUCCGAAAGGAGCAGCAGGAUUAGUUGUGUUCAUAUGGGCCUACUCCUUGGCGCUCACCACUCCACCUCUGAUUGGCUGGGGAAGUUACGUUAACGAGGCUGCCAAUAUAAGUUGCUCGGUGAACUGGCACGAACAGUCAGUCAACACACUUACAUAUAUACUGUUUCUCUUCGCGAUGGGUCAGAUCGUCCCCUUUGCGGUCAUUACCUUCAGCUAUAUUAACAUAAUAAGGACUUUGAAAAAGAACUCUCAACGACUGGGCCGGGUGAGUCGCGCGGAGUCCCGCGCAACUGCAAUGGUCUUCAUAAUGAUUGUAGCGUUCACAGUUGCCUGGACGCCGUACUCACUAUUCGCUUUGUUGGAACAAUUUGCGGAACAAGGAAUUAUAUCUCCGGGUGUCGGUGUUAUUCCAGCUCUGAUUGCAAAAAGUUCAAUUUGUUACGAUCCGCUUAUUUAUGUUGGAAUGAAUACACAGUUUCGGCAAUCCAUUAGGAGAUACUUCAGUACGCUCGGCAGAGGAAAUUCUGAAACAGGAAAAUCAUGCCACAAUACAAUAUUGACACAAAAACUAUCAGCUGUCAAUGAAAUAACUAUUCGAUACAAUACAUCUGAAUCGAAUUUAUUAAAUUCCCCUCAAAAGAAUGUAAAGAAUCAAGUAAUACCUGAUAAUCGAAAUGAUGCUACAAGAAGUGAUAUCAAUAGUAGAACUUAUUCAAAGAUUCUCGAACUACCAACAAUUCCAGAAACCAAAACGCCAUCGGAUACUGAAAAAUCUGGCGAUACUGUAUGCGAUGAUGAUACGAGUAACGAUCAAACAAAAGCAGAUAGUUUCGUGGAAACUUGUAAACUGGCAGAUCAUUCCUUGAUCCUAACUAUAGUUGAUUCUGAAGGAUUUUUCCUAACACAAGCGGUUAAACGUAACAACAAUAUUGAAGAUCUAUGGAAAAUAUGGAGUAUAAAUGGAUUAGAAAUACAUUCAACAGAUGCGUUAAGAUUAGAUGAUAAAAUUCAAAUAUCGAGAACCUUCCAAACUAUGAAGCAUAGUUACUCGUUGGAUUUCAGCUGUUUUCAGGAAAAAGGUCGCAUAUUUUCUGUGAAAUCAAAACAAGAAUCUUAUAUUCCAGAAAAAAGUUUUCGCAUGGAUAUGGAAGAUACCAAAUAUUUAAGUCCGGAUUUAAAUGAUUCUAAUUUCAAGAAUUGUAUAUGUUUAAAUGAUAAAAAAUACAUCGACGACAUAAGUUUGUAG